AUGGGUAACGGUGCCAUUGUCCCUGAUCCUGCGAAUGAUUGGAAAUCUCCAGGCGAAGGUCGUCGUGUCAUUUGUUCACUCGCUCUGCCAUGUGGAAGAUUGGAAUCGAGAAUUGGAUUCAGAGUGUUGGAAUCAGUGGGAUAG